AUGGGUAGUGUUUCAUCACAUUCGACUUAAGAUGAGAAUGGUAACUUGAGUAGUCUUCCUAUGCAUUUAAGAAAAAUGGAACUAAAAUUUGACAUCUCUAGAGAGGUGGAUCCAGCAUUAAAAUAAUUACUAUAUUGUAUUUGUUUUUAUUAUUAUAUAUAGGGUCAUUAUCUGAAAUUAGAGCUGUAUAUGAAUAGUUUUAACGUAGAGCUACAGUUCCUUUCAUUGAUAAAAGUUUAUUCUGUAAAAUAGUUCCAUUUUCACGUCCUAAUGCAGGAUAUAUAUUUGAUAACUUUUGUAGAAAAUCUAAACUUUUAUCAAUUUAUGAACUUAUUUGUGUUUUAACAAUUUGUUCAUAUACUUAACAUAUUCAUAAAAUUCAUUGUAAAUAUUUAUGAUAUAAUUAGUUUUAUAUAUUGUUUUUGAUUUAGAUUGUAAUGGAAAUAUAAGUUUAAAUGAACUCCUUAUAAUUAUUAAAUCAAUAAUAAUAGGAUAUUGUAAAUUAACAAAUGCUGAAUUACCUCCUUAUGUUUAAUUAGAAAAGUUUGCAAAAUUGAUGUUUUUGAAGAGUGAUAUUUAAACUGAUAAUUAAUUAGAGUUAAGCGAGUAAAUUUUAGAUUUAUAUUUAGAAUCAUUGAAUGGUUAGAAAAAGAAAAUGAUAUUGGGAAAGAUUUAUUUACAUUAUAUGAACCAAAAUAGAAAGUUUAAGAGCCUUUUGAGGUUUUUAAAUCAUUUAAAUCAUAUACUGAAUAAGAAGCUUAACAAAUGUUAGACAUGAUAACAAAAGCAAAUAAGUAUGAAUACUACAUGAAAGGUCUUAAUGAUAGAUUAAACUAAAAAAAUUAAGACAGUUAUAAAGCUACAACUAAAAGUGUUAGAUAACUUUAAAUUAGAUCAAAAUAGUCAGCUUCUCAUAGUUCAUUACCUAAAAUUCCUACUUAAACAAAACCUCAUAUUCUAGAUGAUGAUAUUGAUGAAUUAUAAAUUUUAGAAAAAGCUAUUGGUGAUCAUUCUAGAAAAAUUUAAAGAUAUGAUUCUCCUACUAUUAGAUUUGUGACCUAACGUGAUGGUACUUCUAGAAGAGUCAUUGUUCCAAAUAAAAUCAUGAAAAAUAUAAUAAUUACAAAAGGAUGUACUUUAACUAGAAAUGAGAUAUUUAAAUUAAAGAGUUAUUUUGAUAGUCUAUCAGAUAAAAAUUCAGUUAUUUAAGUUAAAGAAUUUACUAAAUCAUUUCAAAAUAAACCACAUAUGAAAAGAGUUACUGCAAGUUUAUAUAAUUAUUUAGAUUCUAAAUAAAGAGGAUUUGUUACUUUUGAUGAAUUAAUGUUAAAAUUGUAUCCUUCAUUAACAUAAGAAUAAUUGAAAAUCAUUAAUUAAUGGAUUCAAUAAUACAAUGAAGUUUUUGCUAAAAGUUCAAAAGAAAGUUUGGAAAUGGAAUUUUUAAGAGUAGAGAAAUAACCAGCUAAAAGAAAAAGAAUACUUCCAAAACAAAGUAUGAUUAGGGUUAAAUAAUUAUUUAAUUUAAUAGAUUAGGAUGGUAAAGGAUGUAAUUAAAUAUUUAAUUUAUUAGUUAUAUCUAUUGAUGAUAUGAAGAAAACAUUUACUUAUGGAUUUACAGAAAAAGAAGUUGAAAAUCUAUUUUAAUAACAUGAUAAUGAUAAAGAUGGGAGACUUUAACUGGAUGAUUUAGUAAGAAUUAUUUUACCACCUGAUUAUGAAAUAGAAGAAGAAACUGAAGACAAUUCUUGA